AUGUAUCGUGUAUGGUAUGAUGAAAGUACAUGGGCACCAAUUCGAGCCCAACUUCGCUCAGAUUUCAACGCGUUUGACGAGUUGACCAGAGCGCAAUUCAUCUCGGAUGCAAUUGCACUUAGAGAAAGAGGAUCACUGCCGUGGUCCCGUGUCAUCGAAUUCGCAUCGUAUCUGAGUAAAGAAACCGAAUUCGCCCCACAUUACGCAUUCAAAAGUGUUCGGGAUCAAUUGAUGAGCGCUUUCAAGAACACCGCAGAUACACCUAAAAUAAAUAAGUACAUUCAGCGAACAUUCGAAACUGCAUAUGAUAUCGGAUGGGCGAAUAACACCGACUGGACUAUGGCAGCAUUAGCAACAUUAGCCACUAAUGGUAUGUGUAAAACAGCGCUUCCAGAAUGUUUGGAGAAAACGAAAACACUAUUCGAACAAUUUUUGACGAACUGUCAAUAUUCAACCACUGGAACAGGCCUGUGCAACAGUGAGGUUCGUCCAGAUGUACGAAGAACGCAAUACUGUUAUGGUCUAGCACAAACACCUACCGGUCACGAACUGGUUAACCGGUUGUACGAGUGGUUCAAAACAAACUCACAUUACUUCCACCGUGAUGCUGACAAUCUACUUAAUGCAAUGGCAUGCACAACAGAUGAUGAUAAAAUGAACAGUUUCAUCUCUGAUAUAGUCGAAGGAAAAUAUCCGGAGAGUGCGCUCCAUAUGGUGGCCGUUCACGACACAACAGAUCAUGUUCUAUGGAAUUAUUUCAAGCUCAACACCGAACAGGUUAUCUACGGUGUGCCGAGCUUCAACAGCUAUAUGACAGCUGCUGUUGGAACUUGGAAUCAAGCGGAGAAUAUCAAAGAGAUGGACGAUUUCAUUGCUGGAAUCGAGCUAAGUGGAGAUAAUUUGGCGGUGAUAAAUGAACUUAAGAAGAACAUUCAGCAAAACAUCGAUUGGCUGGCGAAGAACCGAGAUGAGAUUAUGACGGCAAUUGAACAAGAACUUCAAUAG